AUGUCGGACUCGGAAAGUGAUCCAGACUAUCAACCAUCGUAUUCUUCGCAAUCUGCAUCAUCUAGCGAUGAAAGUUCGUCACAUAGUGAAGAAGAUGGGCGUCCAAUUCAGCCGAGGGCUCCGACGCCGACGUCAAAUUGGUAUCAAUCUGAUGGAUCUCGACAGAAGCAGUUCCCACUGGACAUUCAACCAGGUAUCAAUGUUCCGAACGAUUGUGAUUCAGAAUUGAGUAUAUACCGACUGUUUCUUACUGAAGACGUGAUGGACCUCAUGGUGAUGAGCAGAAAUAGAUUCGAGUUGUUGCUCAGGUGUUGGCACUUCGAAGACACCAUUUUCCUUGGACCUAGUCAUGCUGAUCGCCUCAUAAGGAUAAGGCGGUUUCUGGAGCUGCUUACAAAAAAUUUUCAUAAUGUGAAAACACCGGGUGAAUAUGUUACCAUAGACGAAAGCAUGGUAGCUUUUAGAGGACGUAUAUCAUUUAUGCAAUACAUUCCUGGCAAACGCCACAAAUACGGAAUAAAACUUUUUAAGCUGUGUGACGAUGAUGGUUAUGCGCUCGACAUCAUUGUGUACGAAGGAAAAACGGCAAAUAGACAGGACAGUGUAGCCACAGACGUAGUGAUGAAGCUAUGCCAACCUUAUUUGGGAGUUGGCAGAAGUGUGGUCACAGAUAACUUUUACACCAGCGUUGAUCUAGCAAAAAAGCUUUUGGAUAACAAUACUCAUCUGAUUGGCACUCUUCGCAAGAAUAGGAAAGGGUUGCCGAAGAAAGUUAUUCAGGAAAAGUUGAAGAAGGGUGAAAUGAUUGCAAUGGAAAAUAGUGACGGAAUUCUCGUUCUCAAAUAG